AGGACAAUAGCUUCAUCAAUACCAGAGCUUGGUUAGUCUGGUGUGAGCGUCUCUCUCGGACGGGUGUUCUACAAGCUGUUGGCUCCGUCGGUGUGGACUGGUGUAGGACAGGAAAGGACACUAGUACAAGGACUUCGUUAUAGAUUGAUCAUGAAGGCGACUUCCUGUGUUCUGACGUUAACCCUUCUGGUGUCUUUAACCACCUCAGCUCCAACACAACCUCCGCCAAGUUCAGGUUCUCUACAGCACCACGACACACCGGCCGUCGGCGCCACCGAUCGUCACUCUGCCGACAAACAUCUUCCACCCGACCCAGCAACAGCAACUGCUCAAAAUGCGCUGCCAGGCUCUCACGGUGAAAACAGUGCUGCGCCCUUCAAAGCGGAAGCAAGUACUUCCGCUGACGGCAUUGUGACUUUUGGGAUGAUAUUCACUGUGGAACUUCCGCCCUUCAUCAACGUCGGGGGCAAGAAAUAUAGGCUUAGCAUACGCAUGCCUGGAAGCUCCGGUGCAAAAGUGCACUAGUUCCGGUUCCGGUGCAGAAGUGCACAAGUUCCGGUUCCGGUGCAAAAGUACACUAGUUCCGGUGUAAACGUGCACGAGAUACACAACAUGGGAAAAGGCAGCAACGUGUGAAGGCAGGAAGACGUAGACAUAUUGAUCGCUUUACCCUGUUUGUAUGUCCGGGUCAGUCCAGUCUUUUCCCUUGGGAUCUGAACACAGAACCUCAAACAUAUCUUAAAGAAUACGCAGAUUCAAACAACCUUAUACUGUGUAAUCAACAUUUGUGUUCAUCACUUCUGAAGAAUAUUCAGGGAGGAAACCUUUUUGCCUUGAAAUUCCAACAUUCCUGAAAGUAGUGUGCCAAGCGGUUCGUCAAGUUUAAAAUUUUUACUCAUUAACAAAGCCUAUAUUCAAAGACAUAUCUACCUAUUUGAAUGUUACCAAGUUGUAAUUUACCGGAACCAGGAGGAUGGUGGUGAUGAUCCGGGCUUGCCAGUUAUCAUUUCAUGGUAGCGAUUCCCUGAUUGGCUAUCUGGUCGUGUUCAUCUCACCUUGGGUAUGGGUUGGAGGUCCUGCAGGCAGACAAUAGUUCUGGGUAGUGGAGUGCGAGAGAAGGAAGUGCAUUAUGAGAGGGGUAUUUCAGUCACAUCUCCACACGUGUGGGGGUAAGAUACACUGUUAAAUGUAGUUUUGAAUAUGUGCAUUUUAACUUCGUAUCUCUUUGGUUUGAAAUUUAUAUCGCUUUAUGUAGUAAUUUAAGGAUAAUAGCAGAUGUCUUCCAUUAUCAAUAUAAAAUAACAGGAACCUGCAAGUAUGCUCAUGGACAAAAUUAUACAUUGUAAAUAAGCUUUGGAAUAGUGUCCGAAGGUUCAUAUCUGAGUAUAAAUACAUUACAGAUGAUACAAUAAAAGGCAACACCAGUCAA